GAUGGAUGAACCAGAACAAGAGUUCAUCGGCAGCAGAGAAGUGAAAAUCUUGAGGUCUUCAGCUCGGGGAAAAGAUAAUGGCAGCAGCAAAAGGAACCUGCCUCAAUCACCUUUCUAGGGAAUCCCCUGAUGUCAAACGCCUCGCCAAGUUCUACAUAGAGAUGUUCGGUUUUGAGCAAGUGGAGAGUCCAAAAUUCGAUUUUGAGGUGAUAUGGUUGAAGUUGGGUUCAUCGUUCUACCUGCAUCUCAUAGAACGAGACCCCAACUCUAAGCUUCCAGAAGGCCCAUGGAGUACUGCGUCAGCAGUGGCAGACCCCAGGCAUCUUCCUAGAGGACACCAUCUCUGUCUUUAUGUGCCCAACUUCGACUCCGUUGUUCGGAACCUUAAGGAGAAAGGAAUAGAGGUAAAUGAGAGGACUCGGCCAGAUGGGAAGGCAAGGCAAGCAUUCUUCUUCGAUCCAGAUGGGAAUGGAUUGGAGGUGACAAGCCAGAGCCCAGAACUGUAAAUCAAGCACGUUCAUGUGAUCCAAGAAUAGUAGCUAAUAAAGUGUUUUGUGCAAUAAUGUCGGCGCAUUAUGCACUUCUAUAACCCUCCCUUUGUGUUCGAUGGUUGUCAGGAGGCCACUCCAUGGCUUUCUUGUAGCCAUGAAAGUUGUAUUCCAAGAACUGCUCCAAAGUUAUAACGUGUCAUAAUAUCUUAUGCACAAGAUAGAUGAUGCUUCUUGGAUUAACAAGAUAUGUGACGGUGAUAACAAAUCGUCUCCUUCUAAUCAAGCGACACUGGAAACAAAGGCUUCUGUAUAGACACUAAGACGUGUACAGGGUCUCGCAUACUACGACCAAGAAUUCCUGAUGAAGUAGUAGUUUUGAUAUGUAUGGAUAUAAGCAUACAGAUAGGACACACUGAUACAAAACUCGUUAUGUUGACAAUACAGUAGAAAUCGUGCCACAUUUAUCCCUUUGUCC